UGAUAACGGUGCUAUCGUCAAAUCACGGAACUACUGUAAUCGUAAUUCGUACCGAAAUGUUAUCAGUACAUUACUCCCCGUGGCCCGUUUCCGUAGUCAUUUAUACAUUAUUUCUUCUGUUUGUGUGUGUGUGUGUACCUACGCUGUGUAGGAAAUAUUUUUUGAACAUUUUCUAAGACUAUUAACUGAAUUAACACAUUUUAUCAAACAUAAAACAUUAUGAACUUCGAACCUGAUCUAAAACAGUAUACCAUGUGCUCAGUAUUGGGUUCGUGUUUCUCGGACCGAGCUAUUGUACUCCUAGGAAAACAUAACAAAAGCGGAAAUUUGGUCGCCAUGAAAAACUUCAACUUGGAUAGUAUGUCAAAAACCGAUUGUCAACUUAUACAGGACGAAAUCUACAAUACGAGACAACUAAUGCACCCAAACCUUAUACCAUAUGUCACGUCUUUCUUGGAUAAUAGUCAGUUGUACGUGGUGUUUCCUUUAAUGGGAUAUGGGUCAUGUCGAGAUUUAUUAAGAAACCAUUUUUUAGAAGGACUACCAGAGACAGUGAUAGCUUUCAUACUCAAAGAUGUUCUUCUAGGACUCGAGUACAUACACCACAAAGGACUUAUACACAGGUUUGUAAUGUUUUGAAACUUUGAUCAAAUACAAUUUUGUUUUAUAAUUUUUGUUUCUUGAAUAGGGCUAUAAAGGCAGGCCAUAUAUUGAUCCGUGCAGAUGGACAUGCAUGUUUGUCGGGCUUACGUAGUAUGUGUCCAAUUGAUAAGCGAUACAAUUUACAUUCCUUACCACUACAAUCUGCUAACAAUUUAAACUGGUCCAGUCCGGAAAUGCUUGAACAAAAUUUGCUUGGAUAUAAUGAAAAGACUGACAUCUAUAGUAUAGGCAUAACUUUAUGUGAACUGGCUAAUGGUUUUGUUCCUUUUGCUGAAACUGAUACCACAGUAAUGCUUACACAAAAAGUCAAAGGUCUAAUUCCACACUUAUUGGAUUGCAAUACUUGUUAUCCAUUUGAAGACAAUGCAGCCGAUAAUGGUUACCAAUCUGAAGAAACUAUUGGCAUGAAUGCAGCACCUGUAAGCAAUGUUUAUACAAGAAUGUUUACUGAAUCCUUUCAUAAUCUAGUUGAAUUAUGUUGUCAACGAGAUCCAGAAAAUAGACCUUCUGCACCAGACUUAUUGGCUCACAACUUUACAAAACAAGUGUGUUACUUAAAAAAAUAUAUAUAUAUAUAUAUGUACAACUAUUUAGUACUUUUCGUUUCUUCUUAAAACUAAAUUUUAAAACAAUUAGUUGUAGGUACCUAUAUUAUUAAUUAAAUUAAAUUCUUACAUCUUAUCUAAGCUAUUAAUUUGUAUAUACUUAGAUCAGUGACAAAUCCAGAAGGAGUAAUUGCACUCACUUACCUUCAUUCCCUCUGAUAUAUUCUUAACUUGAUUUUCGUCAAAACUGUUUGCUUUACAUGAAUUUUAAAAAUCACCAUUUCCCCCUUUUAUCUUGUCAUACCUUCUGAUUCAUUUCUAUUUUUAAAAAAUAGUUAAUUUUUCUUUAUAAAGAAUUCUACUUAAUUCAACAUUUUUACAGAAUAUAAUACUAUUUAAUAGUUAAAUAUAUCUCCAAAUAUAAAUUAAAAGGUAUAACUUUCUAAUGUAACUGGCAAAUGAAUUCACCGAGGCCUAGUUCAUGGCACUAGAAUGAUUUGUUACUUCUAAAUCUGUGAAUUAUUCAAUCAAACAAAUUUAAUGUAUUAUUAAAACAAGUAAUGUAUUCCAGUCGAGUGUCCAAUGUAUGCCACAUUGAACAUUAGUAAUAGAUAAAUAACCAUACGGGCAGAACUAGUAAUAUAUUUGUCAUCAAUUUGAUGUGAUCAAAUGGUUUUCUAAAUAUUUCACCCAGAAAUAAAUAGGUACGUUAAUAUUUUUUUUUUAUUAUUGAUUUAGGAAAAUUAUAGUCAAAAUAAAUAAUAUUGCAUUUGAAAAUGUUUAAAAAUCAGUACUUUAUACAAAUUAAUCUACUAACCAUAAAGUAAAAGAUGCUAUGUAUAUUAUGUGAAAAUAUAUAAUCUUAUUUAUUAAUGAUUUCUUUAUUUAAAAAUGAAAUAAGUAUUAAUUAUAAAAUGUAUUGUUAUUUGAUUCAUGAAUUUAUUAAAGAUAUUUUUGUUCUAUUUCAAUAUUAAAGACAAAUUAUAGGUACUGUUUGAAUAUAUAAGAUAUAUUUAUUUUAUUUGACUUUGUAUUUAAUUCAUAUUUAAUAUAUCUAUACCAAAUAAGUAUGUAUGAAAAAAUGUAUUGAUAGUUGUUGAAUAAUGAAUCUAUAUAAAAACAUUUAUAUUUAUAAAAUAUUAAGCAAAAAGUUAUUUAUUAAAUUAAAUUAUAAUUAUGUAUUACUGAAUAUUAUUUUUACAGGUGAAAAGAGUUAGUGUGAAAGUUACUGAUCUUUUACGGCCAGCUGUACCACUUUUGAAGACUAAUGUUGCAGAAAUAAGUGAUGAUCUUGCUUCUAUUGGGGGUAUGUCUCAACAAUUGAGCGAUAUUGACCUUUUGGCAUACGCAUGGGAUUUUGAUCUUAAUGACAUAGAUUUACAAACACUAUGAACACUUAUUGCCAGUAUUAGUAUUAAUUAGUAAGUGCUUCUCCUUAUUGAUAAUAUAUGCAACACUUCAAUAAUAUAUGAAACUAUAAACAUACACAUAACGUUACGAUCUACAUAGUAUCCCACAAAUGAUAUUUUAUCUAAUAUUGAUAAUUCAUUAAAAAGGUAUUGUUACCCUAUUUCCCCAACCUCAAUGCUACUACCACUUUUAUUUUUGUUUUGUUUUUUCUUUAUUGUGUGUUUUUAACCUAAAAUAAAUCUUUAAGAAACUGUAUAUAUUAAUAUUUUAAGUUCAUGUUAUAUUACUAUUUCUAAAAAACUUAAUAUUUGUUAGUUAUAGACAUUUUACUAAUCAUGGAUAUUCAAGUUCUACCUUAAUUUUUUAUGAUUAGUCAAGAAACUUUUGUAGGAAGAUGUAAUACUUGGUAUUUAAUAUUAGUUUUAAUAUUAAUCAUAAUUACUCUAAUUACUUUAAUUAAAUAACCUCAUAAGAAUUAUGAAAUGGUACUAAAACAAAGUGUUAUUUUUAUUUGGUGCUUUUCUAGGUUUAAUUUUUAUUUUUUUGUGCCAAAAAAAUUGAUCUCUUAUCAUUUUAUUUCCAAUGCUUUCAAAACUCAUACAUGAUCAUUAUUUUAAUUUUGUUUUUUUAUAAAAUCAAUCAUUGAUGUGUAAUUUAGCAAUGUAAAAAUUGUCGUAGUUAUGGUUUUUGAAUUAGUUAUAUAACUAAUUUAUUUGUAUAUUUCUAUCUUAUAUAAAACAAAACAAAUAAUACGACAUUCUCAACAUUGCUCAAUUUUAAAGCAUUAUACUUAUUUUUAUUUAAUUUGAGUUUACAUAAAUAACACAAUUAUUAAUUUACAUAGUGUUGUGCACUAUAUUUUGUAUUCCUUGUUCUAAAUUUAAAUAUGGUAUUUGAUAUUCAAACAUUUUAAAAACCAUACAUAUUUUAUAACUAAAAUACAAAUUUUCAAUCAUGUGUUUUUUUAUUCUUCAUAUUGAUUAUGUUCUAUAUUUAAUAAAUUACAUUUUUAUUUUCUAGUUUAUCAUUCUAUUAUUAUUAUGACUAUUAUUUUAUACUUUUGUUGUUUAUUAUAGAUGAAAUGUAUUAUUACUAAUUUGUUCUUCUAAAGCUUACCUAUUAAGUUAAACAUUUUGCACAAACAUUGAAUAACUGUAUUAAUAAAUCUUUAUAUUAUAUUAUGUAUGAAAUUACAUUUUAAAAGCUAAAUGUAAACCCUAUUUAUUGGAUUUGUUAUUAUUACCACCUUUUCUCAAUAAAAAUAAUUGUUUAACUA